UUUGCACUACACUUUCUGGUUCUAAAUGACGUCACACUUCGAUACUAUACACAAAUUUGAACAUGUUUCAUUUUGCUCUCCCAAAUCUCGCCUGUUAAAUUUGCAACUGGAAGCCAACGAUUACCGCUUCAAUUAAUGAUCUAGAUCUACUACGGCUACAGCUGUUAAAAAUGGCAUUCAUUGGAAAACCUGUAAGGCAACAAGCAGUGGGAGAAGCGGCGCAGUCGAAAUUCAAGCAGGAUCUUUCCCGCUUUGAGCAAAGUGUGAAAGAGAUGCAAACCUGCCUGAAAGCGCUGAAUGAAACAGUGGCUGAGCAGUACAGUGAAUCUCUCCCACGAGCGAAUGAAUUCCAACGCGCUCUCCAGGAUGAAAACACUCUGGUUGAAAACUUUAUCAAGGAUACAGACGAUGUUCAGGAUCAGUUACGUCAAUACCUCCAUGAUUACGGUAAUGGAGAGGCAGACUCUUCUGAUGUAUCAAGCGCAAACAGAUCGAGUGAAUUCAACACUUCGGUACUGGGGGCAAUGUUCAGGGGACAAAACGUAUUUUUUUCGGAAAGUUUCAAGGUAUCGCAGGUACUUAUGGACAUCGUAUCGCAGACCAAACACACGCCCACCUCACGUGAGAUCAAACUGACUCGCGAACUGCAAGAAAAACUGGAAGUGAAGGAACCGGUACGAGGGCCGCCGGCUGCUAGUAUGGCCGUGUCUCCCUUCGCUGCAGGGCUAGGGCACCGUGGACCUGGCUCAUUGAUCGGUGGCGCAUACAGCAGCCAACCUCCUCAAUCCAAAGGCCCUUCGAUCCAAGUCAAGCCAGCUUCUCGCUUCAGCACACCGCCCUCAACGGUCACUGGCAGUAAAAGAAUCUACAUCUAA